UCAGUUUCUUUUUUUUUUCAGGUCAUUUAUCAAGAGAUCCCUAUCAGAUGGCAAUUUUGUAUGUGAUAGCCAAAUCCCUAUCUCUAACUGUGAUCCUGAAUCAAUUGAACUCGUUACCUCUGCAUUCCCUCCGAGAAUACAACAAGAUUCUGUUGUCAAGGGUCUCUGUGAUUCCACUCCUGAAAUUUCAACUUGUGAUAACGACAUUCAAUAUUCCAGGUACAUGUCAACAAUUGCCAGGAGGCAAAUACUUUCUGAUAAUGGACACAUAUGCUUCAGCAAACAUAGAUUCAAUGACUUGAACUAUUCAAACUUCCUUGACUUCGAUUGGCUUUCAUCAUCAGGCAAUUCAUGUGAUGAUGAAGGCUUUGACAGAUCCUCUAUCACCAACUCACCGAUGGCAAACGUUUCCACUGAUAAUGUUCUCGAAGGAACAAUCAAUGAGGAAAUUAGCAGUUUAAACAUAGAGUAUGCUGAAAUUGAGGCUGGUGAGGCCGAAGGAAGGCAAGCAUCUGAAAGUUCCAAUGCCAGUGAAUUCUCUGCUAGUUUUGCUCACUGGAUUGCUCAUGGAGGGACACUGUACUAUUGAUGUGCAAGUCAUCAAACAAAUCAUUCUCAUCAUUUCACUCUCAGGGAUGUCGAUCUUCCUAUAUCUUGAAUGUUGGUUCUGCACCAUAUUCAACAUAUCAAGUUAGAAUAAGUUCAACUUUUUGCUUCUUUAUUUUUUUACCAGAAAAAAAAUAAUUAGUGUGGUUCAAGGGUACACAGGUGCAAUUCUUUGGGGGCUAAGCUCUGUUUAUUAAUUGGUUGCAAUAGGAUUCUCCUUUGUAAAUAAUGUCACGAAGAAAAAUGCAAUAAAUGAGCAAAUAUCUGCUUUCUAAUUGCAUGUACAAAUUAGAAAUUAAACAUUUGUGUGGCCUAAUUUACUGGAUUAUUUUUAUCGAUUUUAAUGUUAGACUGGUGAUCAAAGAGAAUUUUUAUUUCU